UGCUGUUCUUUUUGGAUACAAACAGAGCUCGAGCUCGUUCUAUUCGUGGAGAGGGAGACAGAGCAAGACAAAGAGAAAAAGAAAUGGAGAUGGGCAGUGGUGGCCGGUGGCAUGCCGAGGUGGAAGAAACUCCGGUGACCGGCAAAAUGAAGUGGGGAUGGCCGGAUCUAUCCAUGGUGGAGGGGAUUCGCGAAGAAAGAGCCCAUAUUUGGCUGCCCAAGGUCACCACCUACGACAGGACGUUGAUCAUCACGUCGAUGAACGAAGCGUUCGCACGGCCCAACUCGCUGCUCGGCCUCUUCCGCGAGAGCUUCGGGUCCGGCGAGGGGAUCGAGCACCUCCUGAACCACGUCUUCGUCGUCGCCGUCGACGCCAAGGCGUUCCUCCACUGCAAGGCCGUGCACCCGCACCGCUACCUCGUCGAGGUGAAGUCCAUGAACCUGAGCUCCGCGAACAACUUCAUGAGCCAGGCCUACGUGGAGCUUGUCUGGACGAAGCUCUCGCUCCAGCAGCGCGUCCUCGAGCUCGGCUACAACUUCCUCUUCACCGACGUGGACAUCGUGUGGCUCCGCAACCCGUUCCGGCACAUCAGCGUGUUCGCGGACAUGACGACGUCGAGCGACGUGUUCGGCGGCGACAUCGACAGCCUCGACAACUGGCCCAACACCGGGUUCUACUACGUCAAGGCGACGAACCGGACCGUGGAGAUGCUGCGGCGGUGGCGCGCGGGGCGGGCGCGGUUCCCGCCAAACCACGAGCAGCACAUCUUCAACUACAUCAAGCACGAGCUCGCCGCCGAGCUGGGGGCGCGCAUCCAGUUCCUGGACACGGCGCGCUUCGGCGGCUUCUGCCAGCUCUUCCGCGGCGACAUAGGCUCGGCAUGGACGAUGCACGCCAACUGCUGCGUCCGGCUCGGGAACAAGCUGCACGAUCUAGGGGACGUGCUCGACCAGUGGAAGAACUACACUGGCCUAAGUCCGCAGGAGAAGAAGAGCCGGAAGUUUGAGUGGAGGGUUCCUGCCAAGUGCGGGACGCCGGACAAGGGGAACAGAUGAAUCCAAAAAAAAAA